UCCUAAUUUUUUCUCGGGUGUACAUGAUAUACCACAGUUCCGAUCGAAAAGGCUGCUAAUCAUUUACCAUGUAUCGAGUUCUAUUGUUAUGGGUGCUUGUGUGACGGGUUACCUGCUUCGUCAAGUUUGUUAAAAAGAAUCAAUUCACCCAAAAGGCAUCCAUACAUUAGCGAAGAGGAUCCGGUCUUCAAACCCAAAAUUUAGCCGUUUCAUCUCGGCUGAACCAUGAAUACCCUCACGACACUACUACUGCUGUCAGUCGUGGGUCAGCUCUCGGGACACGAGAUGCAGAUCGAGGACUACGUCCGGAUGCUGGAGCAGCGCCUGAGGGCCAAACGUCAAGUUGUCCCCUUGGACCCAUUCGCGCAAAGCGUGGACGUGUCCGGGGAACACGCGUUCGUGGCCCCCGGGCCGGGGGACCAGCGGGGCCCUUGCCCUGGACUCAACGCCUUGGCCAAUCACAACUACCUCCCGCACAACGGCGUAGCCACCGUUCCUCAGUUCUUCCAGGCGGUCACUUCCGUCUACGGGAUGGGUGCAGACCUCGCUGUUAUCCUCUCCAUUUUAGGUGCACUCCUCGAUGGGGACAUAUGUUGUGCCUGGAGUAUCGGCGGGGCCCCACCCAACUUCACGGCGGCCACCGCGGGGUUGAGUCUCCUCGGCGAGUCGCAGGGCCUCUCUCACAGCCACAACAAGUAUGAAACGGACGGCUCACCCACCCGCGGGGAUUUUUGGAUCACUCGCAACAGUGACCUCGUAAUGGAUCAUUGGGAGGCUAUGGCUGAUCUGCCAUACUACGACCUGACCACGCUGACACCUUUCCGCGCGCAGCGAAACAAGGAAAGCAGACAAACGAAUCCGUACUUUUUUCUCGCUCCGGUGUCCGGGGUGGUCGUCCAACCGGCCGCGUAUGCGUUCAUCUACCGGUUCAUGGCCAACCAUUCUGCCGAGUAUCCAGAAGGCUUACUCGAGCUUGAGGUCCUGAAGUCCUUUUUCGGGGUGAGCGGGGAGCGCGGGAACUUCAGCUACAAGCCCGGCCACGAAGAGAUCCCGGCCAACUGGUAUCGACGCGCCGUCGGCGACGAAUACGGCCAGGUGUUCUUCCUCAAAGACCUCCUAGAGGCCGCCCUUCAGUACCCCGAGUUCCUCUCUAUAGGGGGCAACACUGGCGCAGUCAACACCUUCACCGGAGUCGACCUCACGGAUCUCACCGGGGGGCUCUUGAACAUUCGCACCCUUUUCGAGGGCGACAAUUUGCCCUGUUUCGUCUUACAAUUCGCGGAGCUGGUCGCUGUGUCCGCUCUCCAGGCUGUUACCAGGAGGGUCGAUGAUGUCUUGUUGAAGGGGGUUAUCGGCAAUGCAACGGCCGGCCUCGUCUGCCCCGAGUUGAGCUUUUUCCCGCGGUUGUUUGAUCAGUACCCGGGCUGGACCGAGUUGGGCCCGGACGGGUCUUAUCCCGACCCGAUUUCCAGGAUCAUCAGUAUCGUGUGGUCCGGAAUGUUACCCAAAUUCUAGGGGUCGCAAAAUGAUGCCGAGGUAUGGACAGAUCGCUUGAUGGAGAGCUUAGGGCCCAAAAGUGCAGCCACCCUUCUGAGCA